AUGGCGACAAAGCUUGGCGAUAAAAAGUCUCUCCGCAUUGGAGUAAUGCUCGAAGCCGUUCAGCUGAGCGACAUCAUGGGCAUCGACCUGUUUGGCAACAUCUCGCUCGAGUAUUACGACAAGGUCAAGGCUUUCGACCCAGGCUUCGCUCCUUUCGAGGGACUCGCGCCCGAGAUCAAGUUCUACUUCAUCUCUUCUACUCUCGAGCGAGCCGAGAUGACACCAGGCCUCAAGUUUGUCCCAAACAUCACCUACGACGACUGCCCGCGCGACCUUGAUCUUGUCCUCAUCGGCGGACCUCUCCCCUCCCAUAGACCACCUCAAGCCGACCGCUUUAUGAAGGAGGCUUUUGCCAAGACCCGCGUCUGGAUGACAACCUGCAUCGGCUCGCCGUGGUUGGCCAGUGCAGGCGUGCUGAAGGGAAAGAAGGCGACAGUCAACCGGGAGUUCUUGGCGUUUGCGAGGCAGGUACACCCCGACACCGAGUGGCUUGACCAAAGAUGGGUUGUCGAGGAGAAGGAGUACGACGGCGAAGGCAAGGGCGAGCUCUGGACGGCAGGCGGAGCGGGAGCCGGUCUGUCAAUGAUCAUCGAGUACCUCAACCAGAACUUCGAUCCUGCUUACGUCAAGAAGAUUGCGUUGCAAGGUAUCGGAAUGGAGGAGAUUGAAACAAACCAGUUCUACAAGACAACAUACGGAUCGGGCUCGGUGAAGCCUUGA